AUGGCUGGAUGUAGCAUUGGUGAUCAUCUCUAUCUAUCUAUCUAUCUAUCUAUCUAUCAAGACCUUAUGCAACUGGAAUUUACGAACAGGGAUCAUAUCAUUCAUAUACAGCACUGUUUUAUUGCCACCAACACUCACUGUGUGCCACUUUAUAUCUAUCUAUCUAUCUAUCUAUCUAGAUGCAUUAUUUACGCACACAAGUUUCCCUCAAAAGGCUGGAUCCUGAUCAAAGCUAAUUUUUCUUCCAUCCUCACAAGGCAUUGUACACCUGACGAUUAUGAAAAGUGGACGCCUGUUGAACAAAUUACAAAUGGCUGCAUUCUUGGUAGAAAGUUAACUUUUGAACGAAAGAAGCAGUUCUCUGAAUGUAACAAUGGGCGUGACUAUGAACGACCAAUCAACAUUUCCAUUUGCCAGUGUACAGCAGAAGAUUUUGAAUGCGAUUUUGGAUAUGAACAAACAAAUGAAGAAAAAUGCAAACCUGCCAGCUGGUUUGAUGUUGACCGUCCAGUCUUUGAUUGUCCAGAGAAUGAACAUUUUAAUAAAUCUCGUGGUUACCGGAAAGUGGGUGGUGACUACUGUGUUGGUGGUGUCUCAUCUAAAAAGAAAUAUCAGCAUGUCCUCACCAAGUGCCCUGUCAUUGCUCCAGCUGGAUUGCAGCUUUUAACAGCCAAACCUGUUAUUGCCACUCAGUCAGUCAUCAAAUUCAACUUGACUCAAGCAACUGGCUCAGUACUGACAACCAACUAUACAGUUGACUUUGGAGAUGGUACCAUCAAGUAUUACACUGGUCCAACAGUUCUAUCAAAUCAGUUGAGUCAUAUGUACACUCAUCAUGGAACUUUCACUGUUACUGCAACGGCAAGAAAUGAGAAUGGAUCCAGCACAGCUACAUGUGUGAUACAUGCUGAAGAUGAAAUUGAAAAGUUUAGUGUUGAAAGUUUGUAUGGCGCUCAAGUGCAGCAUCCAACAAUAUUCAACACAGUUGUAAGAGGACGUCAUAUGACUGCAUCUAAUAUUGGCAAUGUGCAUUAUGUCUGGCAUUUUGGUGAUGAAGAAUUCCGCCUCCCCCUGUUGACAUGGGAAAAGAAUGUCAGCCAUGUUUAUACUCAACCUGGCACAUACAUAGCCACAAUUGAAGCUAUAAACUCAGUCAGUUCUGCUUAUGUCCAAAUACCCAUUAAAGUUUACAAUUAUAUCAAAAGGAUCCAAGUCACUUUCUCUUCAAAUGUUGACCUUAUCAACGAAAAUAAUCUACACUGGAGGUCCUGGCUAAAGACACAAUUACAAGAAAAAGUUGCUGAAUUUCUUCACAUCAAUCAAAACCGAUUAAUAGUUUUUGUUCGCCACGAACUUCCCCCAAGAGCUGACGUGACAUUGCUGCCCCAUGACCCUCUUUUGGCAGUUGAUGAAAACACAGAUCAGUUGGUGGAAAAACUAAUACGUUCAGUCAAGCAGGAAAAGCUCAAAAUCCAGUGGUUAGACAACACAAUAAAAGUAACAGGAGCAUCUGUAAAAGAUGAAGCUACCAACAAACAAAUUAGAAGGAAUAUGCUACCAAUAAUAAUUGCCGCACCAGUCUUGGCACUUUCACUAGUCAUUGUGGUUCUUGUUUUCUUGUACUACAGAAGGAAAUUCCAUCAUGUGCAGCGUUAUUCAUUCCUGCAAGCCCGGGAUGCAGCAGACAGCUUGCUAGAAGAUGAUGAUGACGACCCACCCCUUGACCCUAACCCUAACUUCAGCCAUAUAGAAAUGACUGAAGAGCAAACGGAUGCUGUAGGAGGGGGAGGCUUAGUCGAUCCAGUGCUCGUGAUGAUGCCCGGCGGGCAUUCACAGUCCAAUUUAACUGAUCCUCAUGCCUUGCGGUUCUUUCUUUUUUCUCCCUCACUAAUAACUUCCUCAUUUUCUCUUGUUCCAACUAUUUCUCUUCUAUUUUAUCUCUUUGCCUCCUCUUCUCACCCUCCUCUUUCGUCUUCCUCUAACUCCCCUUUCUUCAAUUUUCUUUUCUUUUUCUGUCAUAGUCAUUAA